CUAGAAAGAAGUGACUGGGUUUUACCCUACUUUUUCCAUAUCAGAAACAUUGAGCUAUAUGAUGUCGAGCGUGUGAAUUUCGAAAAGACAGUAUCAUCCGUGAGGAAAGAAGGGACUUGUCCCGUUCCCACCCUAUAUGGGAGGAAUCGGGUCAUGACCCUCUCGUCCAAAACAAAUCACCAAUCCACUCUCAAAAACCAACAGUACUUGAAAGGAAACCUUGAUGUAAGAAGAUAAAUAGUUGAAGAAAAUUGAAACACAAAGCGUCAUAUUGUUUUGAUUGAAUCUUUAACCAACCACACACAUGGCGGACGUUGACCCAGAAACGCUGUUGGAAUGGCUUCAGAUGGGUCAGGGGGACGAAAGAGACAUGCAGCUGAUUGCCUUGGAGCAACUCUGUAUGUUGCUGUUGAUGUCCGACAAUGUUGACAGGGUUUUCGAAAGCUGCCCCCCAAGGACCUUCUUGCCAGCACUCUGCAGGAUCUUCUUGGAUGAAUGUGCGCCUGACAAUGUACUAGAGGUGACUGCAAGGGCAAUCACAUAUUACCUAGAUGUCUCCGCCGAGUGUACCCGUCGCAUUGUGGCUGUUGAUGGUGCUAUCAAGGCCCUAUGUAACAGAUUGGUUGUUGUGGAGAUGUCCUCUCGCACCAGUCGGGACCUUGCUGAACAGUGCAUCAAGGUACUGGAGCGGAUCUGUACGAGGGAGUCUGGAGCAGUGUUUGACUCGGGUGGCCUGAAUUGUGUCCUAAUGUUUAUCCAGCAGCAUGGGUUUCAAGUACACAAGGACACAUUGCACUCCUCCAUGUCUGUGGUAUCCAGGCUCUGUGGUAAGAUGGAACCCCAGGAUGCCUCUUUGGAGGUGUGUGUUGUGUCCUUGUCUACACUUUUGGAGCAUGAGGACCAGUUUGUUGCUGAUGGCUCUCUACGGUGUUUUGCUUCUCUGGCUGAUCGGUUUACACGCCGUGGAGUGGACCCAUCUCCUUUGUCACAACAUGGUCUUAUCGCAGAGUUGCUGCUUCGUCUCCAGAAGGCUGGCGAGUCAAGCCACAAUGCAUCUGUAUCAACUACACCUGGUACUGUCAGUAUUACGGCUGAGUCUAAAUCCAGUCCAAGUAUAUCAACUGUGAUCAGCCUGCUAUCCACACUCUGUCGCGGUUCACCCAGCAUCACCCACGAUCUCCUUAGGUCAAAACUGCCAGACGCAGUAGAAAGUGGACUUAAGGGAGAUGAGAGAUGCUGCCUGGAUACUAUGCGUUUAGUGGACCUGUUACUGGUAUUAUUGUUUGAAGGGAGGAAAGCCUUACCAAAGGCAGGAGUAUCCAGUAUCACUAGUCGAAUCUCUGGACUGCGUCGUACAGACAGCUCAGGGGAGAGGUCCCAUCGCCAACUCAUUGACUGUAUACGUAGUAAAGACACAGAUGCUCUCAUAGAUGCUGUAGAUAAUGGAUUUGAAGUGAAUUUCAUGGAUGAUGUUGGACAGACAUUAUUAAAUUGGGCCUCUGCAUUUGGAACACAGGAAAUGGUGGAGUUUCUGUGUGAGAGAGGUGCUGAUGUUAACCGUGGUUUAAGGUCAUCCUCUCUACAUUAUGCAGCUUGCUUUGGACGACCCCAGAUAGUCAAGACUCUCCUAAGGUAUGGUGCUAACCCAGAUCUGAGAGAUGAGGACGGAAAAACUCCCUUAGAUAAGGCUAGAGAAAGGGGUGACGAAGGACAUCGUGAGGUCAUUCAGACCCUCCAGUCACCUGCAGAGUGGAUGGUGCCAGUCAACAGAGAGAUUGCUGCUGAGGUGGAGAAGAAGAAGGAAGAAGAGGUUGUGGAGAAAGAAGAGGACUCUGAGGAACCCAAGGGGGACCCUGAGGUGGCCCCACGUUAUCUAAAACAACUCCUUCCCGUCUUCACUCAUGUAUUCCAGAGUACAAUGCUGCCCUCUGUUAGAAAAUCUAGUCUUUCCCUGCUGAAGAAGAUGAUACACUACAUAACAAAUCCAUUACUAGGAGAUAUAUGCAAUCCAGAGUUUUAUGUAACCAACUUUGCAGGAUCACUGACGGAGGUCAUGGCUAAUGUGUUGGAUCAUGAGGAGGAUGAUGAAGGUCACCAAGUUGUGCUGUUCAUCAUCAAGGAUCUGAUGUCAAAGGGACAGGAGAUCUUCCUUGAACACUUUGCACGUCUAGGCCUGUUUGGGAGAGUGCUGUCUCUUGCUGGUCCCAUGGAUGAUGAAGAAGGUGCUACAGCUAAAGAGGACAAGGAUGAGGAUGAGCAGCUCCAGGAAGAUGCCCUUGAUAUUCAGCAAGGUCGUCCAUAUCACUGGAAGGACUGGUGCAUGGUCCGUAGUCGUGAUUGUCUUUACCUUUGGAGUGAUGCUGCAGCCCUGGAACUCAGCAAUGGUAGCAAUGGCUGGUUUCGGUUCAUUCUUGAUAGCAAGCUUGCCACAAUGUACUCAAGUGGCAGCCCUGAGGGAGGGCCAGAUAGCUCAGAGAACCGUGGCGAGUUCCUAGAAAAGCUUCAACGUGCAAAAAGUCAGAUUAAAUCUGGUACACCAAGUCAGCCCAUUUUGUCACGCACCUCCUCUCCCCGGAUGGUCAUUGGUAACUGGUCACUACAAUGCAAGAAGGAGGGAGAAAUCCAGAUUCACAAUGCUGAUGGACAACAGGUGAUGAAUCAGGCCACUAUAUUGAGAGAAGAUCUGCAGGGAUUUAUUUUUGAGUCUAAUCGUGGUACCAAGCACUCCUUCACCGCAGAGACAUCUCUGGGGCCUGAAUUUGCAUCAGGAUGGGGUGGCAAGAAAAGUAAAAAAUUCAGGUCAAAAACAGAGGAAAUCAAAACAAAGGUUCGACACCAUGCACGUGAGAUUUAUGAAGAUUACUUCCGGGCAGCUGAGGCGAUGCCACGAGGAGUGGUUGCUAAGAUACGCACCAUAGUGCAACAGUUAGAGGCUGCAUGUGCCAAACAGAUCAGUCAAGUCAGGUCACCUGAUGGAGAGGUUACGUGGGUCGAGGAUAUGACUGCCUCUUUGACUGAACUGGUCAUACUCCUGAAGGAGGACCAUACAGUGUCCGCCUAUGAACUUCAUUCAAGUGGCCUUGUACAGACCCUGCUCAACAUUCUCAAUAAUAAUAUUGAAGAUUCCAAUAGCAAGGAAAGUAAGAAGAGAACAAGGGAGAGAAUCGACCUGUUCAAAAGUGUAUUUCAGGAAAAACAAAGUUUGAUGCCGGCAGUGGCUCUAGUAAAGAAACUGAUAGCUGUGUUAGAGUCUAUAGAGAAAUUACCUGUAUAUAGCUACGAUCUACCUGGAUCAGGAUAUGGCCUACAGAUUUUGACACGACGUUUGAGAUUUCGACUGGAGAGAUCCCCAGGGGAGAGCACUCUUUUAGACAGGAGUGGAUGUAACCUUAAAAUGGAACCCCUGACUUCAGUAGCAGCCCUGGAGAGAUAUCUUCUCAAAAUGGUGGCUAAACAGUGGUAUGACUUUGACAGACAAACUUUCACCUUUGUUAAGAAGCUGAAGGAAUCCACUAAUAAAGUCAGUUUCUCAUACCAGUCUGACUUUGAUGAGAAUGGUCUUGUCUACUGGAUAGGAACAAAUGCCAAGAGUGCAUAUGAGUGGAUUAACCCCGCCCAUUAUGGACUGGUGGUGGUUACAUCAUCAGAAGGCAGGAAUCUCCCAUAUGGAAAGCUGGAGGACAUCCUCAGUCGAGACAGUGCUGCACUCAACUGUCACACCAAUGAUGACAAGAAGGCAUGGUUUGCAAUAGACCUAGGGGUGUGGCUGAUUCCAUCGUGUUACUCACUGAGACAUGCUCGUGGAUAUGGCAGGUCUGCCCUGAGGAACUGGCAGUUUCAGGUGUCUAAGGAUGGUACCACAUGGGACACACUUCUCAACCACAAAGAUGACAAUAGACUCAAUGAACCAGGAUCAACAGCUACCUGGACACUGUCUCCAUCAAAGGAAGAGACUCAAGGUUGGCGUCAUAUCCGACUUCAACAAACAGGCAAGAAUGCCAGUGGACAGACUCAUUACUUGUCUCUCUCAGGAUUUGAAAUCUACGGCACAGUGACUGGCGUCUGUGAUGAUUUAGGUAAGGCUGCAAGGGAGGCAGAGGCUAACCUGAGACGACAGAGAAGAAUUAUCCGUACACAGGUUCUAAAGCAGAUGGUUCCUGGGGCUCGUGUGACACGUGGUAUGGACUGGAAGUGGAGAGAACAGGAUGGUAAUCCGCCAGGGGAAGGGACCAUUACAGGAGAACUUCAUAAUGGUUGGAUUGAUGUUACUUGGGACUCAGGGGGCUCAAACUCGUACCGAAUGGGGGCUGAGGGGAAGUAUGACCUUCAACUCUCACCUAAUCAUGACCCAGAGAAGCUGCGCCCUGUUGUCAGGACAACGGAGGCAGGUGCUGUUGGAGGAGCCAAAGUUAAGGUCACAAGCUCACUGGUGUCCGAUAAAGCCAAGGUAAGUGUAUUGACCAGCAGGAAAAGUAGUUCUACGCCAAGUCUGACGGAUGUGUCGGAGAAUAAACCAUCAGUGGCCAGUACUGAACAGGCUGCCUCUGCUGACAACCUCACAACAGCAGUUAAAUCAAUGGCACAGAACCUGGCAGACAGUAUGGUGAAUCUGGCCAGUUCAGAUGCCCUUGUAUCUGUAAAUGUGGACCCUGUAGAUGAAGGAGUCAGUGGCAACAUCCCCACAGAGCCAGUUGUAGUUGUCCAUAAGGGACAUGAACGUGGGAAUGUGGAGGCAUCAGGAGGAUACCCUGCCUUACCAGAUGUCCUGGAGACGAGUGAGCAGGGAUCACCCAAGGGUGCAGAGGCCAUGCAAAUGCCGUCCACCACUGUAGGUUCUAAUGUGGCUGCCAGCGUAGCGGAGGCUAUUGCUAAGAAAAUGGAGGCUCAAACCCGCAGCUCUCCUACCAAUCCUAUGAGUGUGAGCGUUCCUAAUCUACCAUCGAGUAUGGAGCAGACCGUUAGUUUACUGGAAACUUUUGCUGCUGUGACACGCAGAAAUCUUGGUACAGUUGUCAUGAAUAAUCGCAGCAACAGUGGAAGACUUGGUCCUCAGAACUCACCAAGUAUGUACAACAAUGCCUUGCUGAGUACAGCUCAGAGUUAUCCCAGCCUCACCACAUCAGCUUCAGCAACCUCAAAUACCUUGACAACAACCCAAACCAUGGCUAAUGUUACAUCCCUCAGUCAGGCUUUAACAAGGAGCCUCACUUCCACAUCCAGUGAAAGUGAUAAUGAGUUCAUGGAGAGCUGUCGUGCACCUAUGCUGCUAGCUGAGCUGGACGAUGAUUGUGAGGAACUCCCAGGACCAGAUGAUGAUGAUGAUGAAAAUGAGGAUGAAAACGAAGAUGAUGAAGUGUAUGAUGACUUCCUGGAGGAAGAUGAAUUAGAAGGGCGCGGUGAAAGAAGGAAGACAUGGGAUGAUGAGUUUGUCCUGAAGCGCCAGUUCUCUGCUCUCAUCCCGGCAUUUGAUCCCCGUCCUGGACGCACCAAUGUCAAUCAGACUCAGGACUUUGAGAUUCCUGCCCCAGGAUCAGAGGGCCCAAGUGCAACAGAAUCUGGUGACCAAGUGCUUCAACCCAAACUAGCCAUCUACAUCAAGGCACCUGGACUGCCAGGGAUGGAGGAUGGUGAGGUUUGUCUUGGCCAUGAGAAAAGCUGUAUAUUUAAGUACAUACAGAAACUACUUACUCAGGGACCUGCAGCAAACAGAACAGAACGACUUAAGAGGAUCUGGGAACCAACAUAUACGAUUGUGUACAAAGCAUUGAAGGAUGGAGAAAGUAAACAAGAACUGGAGAAAAUGACAGACUCUGUGUACCGUCAGAUUGGAGCACAGGCAGAUAGUCAGGGCUACCAGAUCCUCAGCGAAUGGGACAUCCCUCGUAAUAAUGAUCCGACAGCCUGUACCAUGGAUCAUGUGCUUCAGUUGUUACAGAGACUGUACGCCAUUGCUAUGGAACACACGCCAAACAUUCUUACAAAAUAUGAUCAGCCGCUACUACUGAAUGUGCCCGCAGAGGACUUCAUCAGUAAAAAGAUCACCAAUAAAUUAGUACAACAGACACAGGACCCGUUGGUGCUGGCUAGUAAUGCCCUACCUGACUGGUGUGAGAAACUGACUAAGUACUGCCCAAUGCUCUGUUCUUUUGACACAAGACAGAUCUACUUUACUUGUACUGCCUUUGGAUCCUCUAGGGCUAUUGUAUGGCUACAAGACCGGAGGGAUGCCACUCUAGAGCGAAGUCGUGGCCCCAUGCCACGGCGUGAUGAAGGUGGAGAGUAUCGUAUUGGAAGACUGAAGCAUGAACGUGUGAGGAUCCCACGUGGUGAAAGACUACUAGACUGGGCUGUGCAGGUGAUGAAGUACCAUGCUCAUAGAAAGUCUGUAUUAGAAAUCGAGUUUGAACUGGAGGAAGGCACAGGACUUGGUCCUAGUCUUGAAUUCUAUGCUCUCAUUGCUGCUGAAAUGCAGAGAAAGGAACUUGGACUAUGGCUGUGUGACGAUGAUGUCCCCAAUAAGCUUGAGAGAGAAGUGGACAUCGGCCAUGGUGUGAAGCCUCCUGGAUUCUACAUCCAGAGAGGUGGAGGUUUGUUCCCUGCCCCUCUGCCUCAGGAUAGCGCAGAUAUUCCCCGUGUUGAGAAGUUAUUCCACUUCCUUGGCACUCUCCUUGCCAAGUGUAUACAGGACAAACGUUUGAUUGACUUACCACUUUCCCGAUCUUUCUUCAAACUGAUGUGUAUGGGGGAGAUGGGCCACAUUAUUACCCAGCAGUACCAGGAUUCACUGCACCGGUCUGUUGGCAGUACCACCGAAUCGUACCACAGUGAACAGGAUCUGUCUCCACGGGACACACUAUCCUCCAGCAUAGAGGAUGUUGAUAAAGAACUGAUUCUUGAUCCCCCCAAAGUCAAGCAUCCAGACACACCUGCCUGGUAUGAAGGAAUUCUUAAUGAUGAUGACUUUGAGCUCAUCGACCCUCACCGUGCAACAUUCCUACGACAGCUGCGAGAUUUAGUCAGUAAAAAACAGAGGAUUCUAAAGGAUAAGACACUGUCUCCAGAUCAGAAAAAUAUACUCAUACAGCAACUAGGACUGCAGAAUCCAUCUGAACCUGGUGCCAUCUAUAGGAUUGAGGAUAUCGGUUUAACAUUCCAGUUCAAUCCUUCAUCCAAAGUGUAUGGCUACAUGUCCUAUGACCUCAAGUCUAAUGCAGAAGAGGAAGUGAAUCUGGAAAAUGUGGAUGAAUAUGUUGAUCUGGUCACUGACUUCUGUCUCAACAGUGGAAUUCGACACCAAUUAGAUGCCUUUAAAGCUGGAUUCGACGAAGUGUUCAGCAUGGAGAAACUGCACUCUUUCAGUCCCACAGAACUUGCCACACUGAUGUGCGGAGAGCAGGCACCCACAUGGACACGUGAUGAUGUUCUUAGCUACACAGAGCCGAAGCUGGGUUACACCAGAGACAGCCCUGGGUUCCAGCGUUUCGUUAAUGUAAUGACUAGUCUUAAUGCUGAUGAAAGAAAGGCGUUUCUACAGUUCACGACAGGAUGUUCCUCCCUACCACCAGGUGGCUUUGCUAAUCUCCACCCACGCCUGACCGUAGUGAGGAAAGUGGAUGGUAGUGACUCUAGCUACCCCUCAGUUAAUACCUGUGUUCACUAUCUCAAGCUACCCGAGUACUCCUCCGAAGAUAUUCUACGCCAGAAACUCCUCGAUGCUACCAGUGAAAAAGGUUUCCACUUGAACUGACAACAGUUGUGGUUAGCAGCGUCAACAAAGAACCUUUUGUCAGUUAUCUUUGAGCAAGAAUGGAAAUAUUUGUGGAGAAAUGGUUGUGUUGCUGUCAGUGUAGUGGAAUCUUCACAGUCUCACUGGAUAUUGAUUAUGUGCACAGAAGUUUGGCCGUCAUACAGACUGAUGUUUGCCAUCACUUGUAUUACUACAGCUUUCAUACAUAAUCAUCUCCCUGACUUAUAACUCACAUAUUAUCAAUCCAAUUUUUAAGUAUUGAAUUGCAGUUAUUUGCGAAAUUAGUUCUUCUAUUGAAUUUUUUGUCAUGGUAUAAUUCUAGGAAGCGGUCAGUAGAGAAUCGUGUGUAUGGGGCAAAUUUUCAACACAGAGUGGUAAGAUUCAUUGUGUGAGGAUGAUUUUGACACUUAAAUUCAUGAUGGUGUGAAUGCAUGAACAUUUUACAGGUGAUAAGAUCUUGAGUCAUGUGUAAGGUGGACCUGAUUGAAUGAAGUUAAGGAGUAUAAAACGUAGUCAAAAUGGUUUAAUCUGACAUCACCAGAAGGUUGGAGAAUCCUGACUGUCAUCAGAAGGUCGAGAAUCUGACCAUCCCCAGGAGGUUGGAGAGUCUGAUAUCACCAGAAGGUUGGAGAACCUGACAUCACCAGAAUGUUGGAAAAUCUGACAUCACCAGAAGGCAAGAGAAUCUGACCGUCACCAGUAAGUUAGAGAAUAAAACUUCACCAGAAGGUGCGGAGAAUCAGACCUCACCAGAUAGUAUGGAAAAUCAGACCUCACCAGAUGGUACAGAGAAUCAAAUCUCACCAGAAGGUACAGAUAAUCAGCCCUCACCAGAUGGUAUGGAGAAUCAGACCUCACCAGAAGGUGCGGAGAAUCGGACCUCACCAGAAGGUGCGGAGAAUCAGACCUCACCAGAAGGUACGGAGAAUCAGACCUCACCAGAUGGUACGGAGAAUCAGACUUCACCAGAUGGUACGGAGAAUCAGCCCUCACCAGAUUGUACGGAGAAUCAGACCUCACCAGAAGGUGCAGAGAAUCAGACCUUACCAGAUGGUACGGAGAAUCAGCCCUCACCAGAUUGUACGGAGAAUCAGACCUCACCAGAAGGUGCAGAGAAUCAGACCUUACCAGAUUGUACGGAGAAUCAGACCUCACCAGAAGGCAAAGAGCUUAUAAUAUAAGUGUACUAUUGGUCAAAAUUGUAAGCUCAUCUUUCAUUUAAAAAAUCCUUUCGUGUGAUUGGUAAGUGUGAAUUUACUGUAGAUGUGCAAGUUGCCAGAGAAAGUUAGGGCAGGUGUAUGUUAUAUAAAGGCCAGUGUGUCUUUCGACCUGUCAGGGAUGUAAAUUUCAUUUAAAUCAGGUUUUGAAAUCAUGAAAUUUUCUAUAUUUCUCUUUUCUUAAAAAAAUUUGUUGUGAAUUUUAUGUAGUUUACAACACAAUGCACUUGGUAAAAGUUAUUACGAGGAAACUGUUAUAUUGUAUCAUUUUUCAUUAUCACUUAUUUCAAUACAAAAAUAAUCAUGAACAACCAGUUAUCAAUACCAGUAGAAUGGACAGACUGACAGAUUUUGAAGACCUGAUGACAGCUGUUUUUAGGAAUAGUCAGCUUUGGACAGGUAUGGAGUAUAGCUACACAUUGCCUGUGGUAGAUGAGCAGAUUCUAUAUUUAUCCAAGUGCUUGACAUCUCAUGUUCCAUAAAUGUUUGUGUGUAUAUGUUAAGUAAGUAUGAUAGAAACAGUUUAUCAUUGUUUGUUGUUGAAAGAUUUUAACACUUUUAAUUUUUUUCCCCCAUGGAAAUGGAAGCCUAUUUAUUGUUUUGACUAAUUCAUAUCACAUGCUUUUGAAGGAAAAAAAAAAUUCACGUAUUAUUCAAAAGAGGUGUGAUGAAAUCUAUGUGAUAGAUACACUUGUUCUGUAGGAUUUUGUAUUAAAUGCCUGUGCAAUCACAAUACCAAUAA